UAAGUCUUUUGUUCGCCUUCGCGGCGGUUGGAUGUGGUUCCCGUAACUAUGCAUAUUUUUGAUCUUGGGGACUGCGUAUGUACGCGUUGUUCCUGUUUCUCUUUUAUUUCCAAAAUCGUUGCGAUUGGCGUAAGAGGACGAGUGUAAUAACUCUGCCCCAGAGCCAUAUAUUGAAUGAAUGAAUGAAUGGAAGCUUUUCUUUCUAAAGAGGUUAGACUCUAAUUUGAAAGAGAAUAUUUAAAGAGAUUCAAAUUUAAUUAACUUAUUUAAGAUGAAAACUUCGCGACAUAAAAAAGCUCGAAAGAAUAUUGGAUUUUAUGUCAAUAAUUUUAAAUUUCAUCAACCCUUUCAAGCUCUUAUUGAUGGUACAUUUGCGCUCGCCGCAUUAGAGAACAAAUUUAACAUACAGGAUCAGCUUGCAAAGUACUUACAGUCUGAAGUAAAGUUAUUAACGACACCAUGUAUUAUUUCUGAAACUGAGAAACUUGGUUCAUUCUCUUCAUCAGUGAAUGGUGCCAUGCAAAUAGUGAAACAAUAUAUUGUACAUAAAUGUAAACACGAAAAAAAACCCACAAGUGGCUCGAAAUGUUUACAAUCUAUGAUAGGAAAAGAUAAUGGUUCUAGAUAUAUUGUUGCCACACAAGAUCGUGAGCUCCAAGAUAAACUGAGAAUAAUUCCAGGAGUUCCUAUAAUUUAUUUACAUGGAAAAGCACCUACACUGGAAUCUCCUUCAGAAGCAAGCCAUAAAUAUGCUGAAGCUAUGCAGAAAGGUUUAGGUAUGAGUAUGUGGGAGAAGGAAAAUAUAAAGACAUUAAAAAAGCAAGCAGGAAUAGUGGAAGAAGAGAAUAAACGAAAAAGAAAGAAGAAAAAAGGAGGACCGAAUCCACUUAGUUGUUUGAAGAAGAAGAAAAAGAUAAAACCAACAGUGCUGAAUAAAACCAGUACAAAAUCUAAUAAAGUUAAAAAAAGAAAGAAGAUUAAAAUAGCACCACAUAUUAAAGAAGCUCUAAUGGCAGAACUAAGAAAUAAUGAAGAGGUAUAGAUAAGGUGCAGAAUUGUUGUAAUAUGGAAAUGAAGAUGAAAUCUGUUUUGUGUUUAUAGAUUACAAUACCUUUUGUUGAUUUAAGAAGAAUAAAGUAUUUAUUUAAAUCUGCCUAUUCUUCUCUAAACUAGAACAUAUAUUCUAUUAUUUGUUCAUUUAUUCAUACAGAAAAUGUUAAUGAAUAUUUCAACAUAAUUGGCUACAUAUAUGUACGGAAGUUUUACAAUGAAUCUUAAAGAUCUGGAUACAUACAUUUCUUGAAAUGUCAUGUUUCUCAUGUCGGAUGUGAAAUGCAUUUAUAGUCCGUGGCGUUUAUGAAUUGGUUUAUUUUGCUAUAAAUGCUGAUAUCGAUGAAACAUUUGUUACGAACGAUCGAGAUGUUUACUCAUUUAAUGAAGAUAGUUUAUAGUUUGAUUUUAUCAAGUUAUGGCAAUGAGCUCUAUUCUAAGGUAAUCCAAGAUCAUUAUUGUUCAAAUAUCCUGAAAGUACAAUAAUACUAUAUAUGAGAAAAAUAAGUAAAUAAAAUUAUCAAUUCCUUUUCGGAGAAAAAUGUACAAUAUCCUUCGGGUAUACACGCUAUCUUAUUAGCGUAAUAUCUAAACAUAUAUUUGAACACGUAAAUCUGGAAUUAGGAACAUCCACAUGUAGAAAGCAUAGAAACGUUGGAAAAUAAUCUUUUCGAUGUAGGUGGCACAGUACUAUUUACAGCCUUUGUUUAAGGACUUUCAGAUAAUGUUUAAUACUAUAUUAUCGUAUGUAUACAUAUAUGGGAUAAUCAUUGUUAAACAAUGUUGACUUUUUU